UCUUAGUUGACUGUUUGUCUAACAGCAAGAUGCUUCAGUUUUUAUAAGACGAUCACAGAAUAAACGCCCACAUAGGCCGGAACUGUGGGAUUGUGUGACGACCUUAACCCCACGAUUUGAACGCUAUCAAUGCUUUUCACAUGAUUUGUUAACAUUUUCGCAAUAGUUGCUUAUACUAAAUAAGUCGCAUUAAUAUUUAUGUCUUGGUUAUAAAACAAGUUCUUCUCAUUAUAACGUUAGUUUCAGAGUUUUUUGAACUCGCUGCGAUAAGGAAGUACAGGAAAUUUUCGAGAAUACUAUAAAUGUGACAACUCGCAUCAACUGCGGCUUAGAAGCUGUCUACAUCAUGGGACCAAACAGAAGAAUCAUCUCGAUGUUACUGUUGUGCGUGGCAAUGGAGUCCAGCCAAGCUCAUGGUUUUGGUGGCCACAAGUUUGGUGUCGGGUAUCCAGUGGCAUAUCCUGUGGCACAGCCAGUUCCAGUUCCGCAGCCAAUUCCAGUGCCUCAGCCCGUGCCCGUUCCAGUCGCAGUGCCACAGCCGGUUCCGGUACCAUAUCCAGUUGGAAAGCCAUUUAAGCACGGUUGGAAAGGCGGAUUCGGAAGCGGUGGAUUUGGUGGACUUGGUGGAUAUGGAUAUGGCGGAUAUGGCGGAUACGGUGGAUAUGAAAGCUAUUCCUCAUAUAGUGGUGGAUCAUACGGCGGCUUCGGAGGUGGUUUUGGAGGAGGUUUUGGAGGCGGCUUCAUAAGACGACGUUAA